GUUACCAACCAGAUUCUGCCAGUGUGGACAUACUCCUACCUCGCUCUCCUUUUCCCAGUGUUCCUGCUCACAGACUACGUGCGCUACAAGCCCGUCCUCCUCCUGCAGGGCAUCAGCCUCAUCGUCACGUGGCUCCUGCUGCUCUUUGCACAUGGAGUGCUGGCCAUGCAGCUGGUGGAAUUCUUCUACGGCAUGGUCACAGCCACCGAGGUGGCCUAUUACGCCUACAUCUACAGCGUGGUCAGCACCCAACACUACCAGAGGGUCACCAGCUACUGCAGGAGCGUCACUCUGGUGGCAGCCACCGUGGCCGCCGUGCUGGGGCAGCUGCUGGUGUCCUUGGCAGAUGUGUCCUACUUCUACCUCAACGCCAUCAGCUUGGCUUCCGUGUCCCUGGCGUUCCUGUGCGCCUUCUUCCUGCCCAUGCCCCAGAGGAGCAUGUUCUUCCACAGGAAAGAUGCCCCUGGGCCUGUGCCAGGGCCUGCCAAAGGGCUGGCUGUGAGCGCUGCCCGCAGGCCCUCGAGCUGCCAAGAGGAAAGGAGCCCUGAUCCUGCUGCCAGGGCCCCGCGCCCCCAGCCCCAGGCUGGCAAUGCCGGGCCCCUCAGGCGCACGCUGAGCGUGCUGCUGCAGCUGGGCAGGGACCUGAGGGAUUGCUACGGCUCCCGCCAGCUCCUCUACUGGUCCCUGUGGUGGGCUCUGGCCACGGCCGGCUUUAACCAGGUGGUGAAUUAUGUCCAGGUGCUGUGGGACUUCCGGGCCCCCUCGCACAGCUCCGCAGUGUACAACGGAGCU